AUGACCUCUCCACGCCCUCCGAGAACACGCUCAACAAGUGAGGUCUCCCAGGAUCGGCUACCUGUCCCUCAGCAGCCUCGCCGCCCGCCUCUACAAAAUCGCUCCUAUUCCGCGCCGUCGUGGGACGCCUACCCCGGGAAUCGCGCCAAGGGCCAUGACCUAGAAGGACCCGUUAUUGAAGAGAACGAGAUGGCGCCGGCCAGUGUAGACAAAACAGAUUAUCAUGGCUCAUCGAAUGGCUCGAGUGAGUCUGUUGCUACAGCUAAACCCCGUCUUCCCCAAGUCAAUUUGGCCAUUGUAGGUGCACAAGGCGUGGGAAAGUCCACGUUUGUGCAGCGGGCAUUGGACCUUAAACAACCGCCCAUAUCACGUUCUUCGGUGAAGAAAAUGUCACUGGAUGGAACCAUCUAUCUCGUGCGACUGCUGGAAAUCGCGAGCCACAAAAUCUCGUUUGAUGAAACUGGUCGAAUCGUUUGGCCCAAAUUCAUCGGAGAACAGGAAUUGCCCGUCAUUGACGGUAUUCUCGUCCUUUUUGAUUCACACGAUCCCAGGAGUGUGGCCCAGUUUCCUCGAAUAUUUAGUGCAUUGCCCAAGGCUACAAUCCCGUUUAUUGUCGUGGCCUGUAGAUGCGAGGGUCAAAUCCCAUCUUCCCGGAUCGACCCAGCUACUUAUGACCAAGCACGUCGAGUGCUCGUCGGCAUCGAGGUUCAUCACACAUAUCCAGACGCCCCAGACUCGCAAAAGAAAUGCAUUUCCAACAUUCUCAGGGCUAUAAUAGCUCGAACGGCCGUUUCGCACCAAGACGAUUUUCCCUCUGCUAUGACGCUAGUGUCCUUCCCGUUUUCCCCACCGUCCUUUAAUGUAGCUGCUCUACAAUCUUCAUCAAUUCCGCUGUCACACCCCACCUCGUCUAGUCGAACUUCCUCCCGACGCCCCAUUCCUCUGCAAACUCGACAGCAUAUUCGUGCGAGUUCCGAAAACCCCAAAUCCACCUUAGCCAAUCCACCCUCCGCUGAUCCCAACAACUUUCGGACCCAGAACCGUACAACCGAUUCAACCCUGGCGUCCAAUGCACAAGGAUCGAGAAAUGUUCGAAGCAAUUCGCAGCCCGUGCCUCCUAGAACUCCUCCUGGGAACCGGUUGAACCGAGGGGAAACUCUAGGCACAAGCACCGUCCCUGAGGAGAUAACAUCCCAUAAGGGUCCGUAUCAGCGAUUGCAGAAUUCCUGGAGACACAGUGGUGGUUCCGACGCUUUCAGCAGCUUCUUGGAUAUGGAGGAUGACGGUGACGAUCCAAAGGGCUCUGGUCCUCCUUCCAGCCCCGAUAUUGGCAAGGACAAACCGGCUGAUCCAGGCAUGACUUUCGAUGAGCUGGUGGAUCGCCUUUUAGCGCCUCCUAUGUCAAAACAAGACGCCAAAUUUGCCAGCAUAUUCCUAUGUCUGUAUCGAAAAUUCGCCACUCCGACAAAGCUCCUCUCGGCCUUACUCUCACGCUUCGAAAAUAUUGGGUCAGCACCGUCCCCGUUGUUGAUGCAGCAUGCAGACCAUCUACGAGUGCUGAAUAUCCUAUCGCAAUGGGUGUCGGAGUAUCCCGGCGAUUUCGCUGCCUCAAAAAUCCGAAAGCGCUUGACGGAUUUUAUCGUCUCGCUAGAGAAGCACUUUGUUUUCGCCUUCGCAGCAAAGGAGAUGAACUCUUUUCUCGAAAAAUUCGUGGAGGAUGAUGAUUUAGGGUGGGCCUAUGAUGAUGAUGACAAUGGUUCUGAAAAUGUUGAAACGUUUCUAGACACGUCCGUCCAAAGUUCGCCAGCAACUUUUGUUGCGCGGUCCUCCGAUGAGAACAUACACAAUAUGAGCGCAUUGGAUCUAAGUGACGAAAAUCAGGAACUCGGUUCGAACUUUUCCAAUCUUUCAACUGCAUCAAGCGUUUAUAGAUCGGGCAGCAUAUCAAGUCAAUCGUUCUUAACCCUCUUAAGUGUUGAAUCUGCCCAACAAGAAGCACAGCGGCUAGAGUUGAAUCCGAAAUAUGUUCUCUCAAAGGAUCAAUGGAAAGCCUUCAUGGAUAUAUCUGAAGAUGAAUUUGCGCGCGAGAUAACACGCAUGGACUGGGUCAUGUUUAGCUCAUUUAGGCCGCGGGAACUCGUCCGGCACGUGAGUGUAUCUGCAGACGACAGGGCUUCCUCGAAAGGUUUGUGUAACGUCAACAGGAUGAUUGACCAGUUCAACCAUCUAGCGUUGUUCGUCGCAAGCAUGGUCUUGUUGCGAGAUAAACCCAAACACCGGGCUGAGGCAUUGGAAAAAUUCAUGAAUAUCGCGAUGAAAUUGCGCCAAUUGAAUAAUUACAACUCUCUCGGAGCCGUUAUUGCAGGGCUUAACGGGACGCCUGUCUUCCGACUUUCGCAAACUAGGGAGCUAGUUUCGCCAAUGGUUCAGAAACAGUUCAUGAGCCUAGUGAUCCUGAUGGGCACGCAAAAGAGCCAUUUCGCCUACCGCUUAGCUUGGGAUAACUCUUUUGCGGAAAAGAUCCCAUUCCUGCCUCUUCAUCGACGUGACCUUGUAUCAGCUGAAGAAGGCAACAAGACAUUUAUCGGCCCCAAUAAUGAUCGUAUAAACUGGCGCAAAUUUGAGAUUAUGGGCGAGGUUGUUUUGGGCAUUCACAAUAGCCAAAGGACCCCUUUUCCAUGUUACCCGAAAAAUGAAGACGUGCAACGCCUUAUUCUCGAUACCAAAUUUCCGGGAGAUCAGGAUGAACUUUAUAACCGGAGUAUGCAAGUUGAGCCAUCCUCAGGAGCUGAACCACCUCGCAAACGGUUCGGGUGGCGUCGAGCUUGAAUAUCCAGCAGCCUGGAAUCCUUCGUUCAUGAACAUUUACGAUCUGUCAUUUUGAUAAUGCCUCUCCCCGCAAAACAGCUACGGAUGAUAAACAGAGCAUUAAACGUACGAAAAAGGAAGAACGGAAACGAAGAAUGGAGACGGAAGCCACUACGGACCUCACUUUUCCGGUUUUUUCCUUUCCUCUUCCACUCUACGUACGAGCCAUGAGCCCCUGUGGCAACUUUUGUCAGAGACUAGGGCGAAUACACAAACCUAUAUCAUUUGAUAUUUCGCGAGACAAGAAAACGAACGGAAAGGGUCCCAAAGAGAUGUUUCUCCUCUCCUCUCCCCCAGGCCCCGUCCAUGGAACUAGCCACACAGGAGUUGAGAGGAUUUUGAUCUGAGAUCCAUUUUUCAAAACAAAAAGGAAUUUUUUUUUUAUCAUCCCCAACAUCUCAUAUUGUGUCAGGAAACAUAUAUAUCCAUUUAAACUUGUUGAAUAUGUGACAUAUUCCCCAACCUAAAACCCACUCCUGCUUUUUUUGUUUUCUCAAUCAGUAUAUACCCGCAUAGGUAUAAAUCGAUUUAUUGCUUUCCCUUUUGCCUUAUUCUUUUCCUGCUUCCUUUUUCUUUCCUGGAUGGAUGGGUGCUGUUCUAUCCCCUCCCUCCCAACCUUCUACAUAUAUAUUUACAAUUCGAAAUGCCCAUAUUGUCUAGCGUUUAUAUUUGCUGGCCGGUUGGCUGAGGUUUAUGAUGCGUUCUAUAUUUACUGCAGCCACCAAAACGUCGGAAUGGGUGGGGCUCUUUUUUCCUCUAUUUCUUCUUCAGGAUAUAUGCAGGAAGGUAAAAAAGAGUUUUGUUUUUCUUUGGUACUAAUCGUGUCUGCAGGUGUUAGGGAUGAAGGCACAGUUAUGAUGUUACGAACUGUUUGCGUUUUGAUGAUUCUCCCCUGUACUCCGUUGGGAUGGGUGUUCUCUGUGAUUCUGUUGCAAUUAUCUUGUUUCGUUUAAGCUUCCUUCCUAUCAUACCAUCUCCUACAUUGCUGACCCUGUUUUUGUUCCUUAUCGUACCUACAAGCAGGAUAGAUUUAUUGGUCAUAUAUGUGUGUGAUUGACACCGUUG